GCAAAGUUAGCACUUUGAAAGAAGAACCCCUCGUGAGAAAAAUGUCUCCUGCCAGGUAUCUUCUUGUUGCAGCAGCACUGCUUUUCUCAGUGUGUGAAGUUUCUGGGGAUGAUUCAGUUCCACCCAAGUGUGUGCCUCCAUGUCAGCAGCUUCCUCCACCAGAUCCCCCACUUUCUGGCUACCCUUCUUAUGGAUAUCCACCGCCAUCGUCCGGCUACUCCAUUUAUGGAGCACCGCCGCCACCACACAAAGACCCAGGGCAGACAAAGUGCCCUCCUGCUGCUCCACAGGUUCAGUGCUGCAACCCUCCAUACCCUUAUUACACUUAUGCGCCUCCAAACACUUACAUUUAUGCACCUCCAAGACCUUACACUUAUGUGCCUUAUAAUGAAGGAGGAAGGCUUCUUGUGCCAAUUCUAGCAUCUCUUAUGAUGAUCUUUACUUCCUUCAUCUUUCUGUUCUGAAUUUGGCUGUUUUUUGGUUUUUCCACUCAUCAUCCAGCAUGAGAACCAAAGUUCAUUUUCAACUUGGCUAGAUCCAAGUAUAUGAUAUUGUAAUAAAUACCAAUAGAAGGUUGCUCAUGGUUAUCUUAAAUGCUGCUGCUGUAAUUAAUAUAUAUAUCUAUGUGUAUGAUGUUGUAAUAAUUGGUUUCAUGUUUUCAGUGACAAUUAGCAUAGUCAAGAUUCUGUCAUCUUCUGCAUCCUACUUGCACAGUUUAACCAUGGUCCCUUUUAUUUCUUUUUGUUAAAAGAAGAAAACUGCUUGGUUUGGCUUGCUUGAAUUGGCUUAAAUAGCCAUUCUUACUUUGGUAUUGCUUAAAUUCAUGUCAGCAAAUCUGUUUCGAUGAAUUCUUAUGAAUGAUGAGGUAUUUUCAAAUA